GAGGCAUAAACUCCCACAAUUCUUUCCAUCCAAACAGCUUGAAUUCUGAGAAAGGAAAAUGGGUUCAAAAUCGCUUCUUUUGCUCGGCCUGCUGCUGGCUUGUGCACUUCUCAUUGCCACAGAGGUGGCAGCAGCCAGAGAGUUGGCUGAGGCUGCUUCCACUUCCAAGGAAAACUCUAAGGAGACAAAUGGGGUGGAAGAAGCCAAGUACGGCGGCGGAGGAGGGUACCAGGGCGGCGGCGGCGGCGGCCACUAUGGAGGCGGCGGAGGCCAAUAUGGAGGCGGCGGCGGCCAUGGCAGAGGAGGGUACUGUCGCUACGGGUGCUGCCGCAGGGAUUAUUACGGAGGCUGCCGGAGGUGCUGCUCCUAUCGAGUCAAGCCUCAAAACUGAAGAAGAAGAAGAAGAAUAAAGGUUUAUCUAAUGCUAGCUAGCUAGCUAGUAAAUAAUAAAGAAUAAAAGCAUGAGUUG